AUGGACAACGCUCAGCCUCUCAAGUGGGUCAUUCGGCCGCCAUCGCAGAAUGCAAAUACUCACCGAUCAUCCGACAUAGCGCGUUUUAUUUCGAGCACGUUGCAGGCCCAGACACCGCCACCCAUUCCGGUUCACCUUCCAGCCCUCUGCUUCCAGCGACGGACGGCCCUCAAUAUCCGGGAGGACCAGCACCCAUCAUGAUGUUCCCUGCAUUCCUGACUAUUCCCUAUGAUAUUGGCUACUCCCCCGCAGACCGCCGCUGCUUGCUCGAUGCAUUCGCGGACCUUGUCGACUCGUCCGCGGAAUUGUCGCCAGAGGUCGAGGGCAUUCUGCAUGAUGUUCGCGCCUUCGUACUCUCGCGCGUAUACGCCGCACCCCCCUCGAUAGGGAGUCCCUUAGCCCGUUCGUUGACGACAGAGGACCAUAACGGCGACAUCAGCGGCCUAGACAACCACGCCGAAGAGACAUCCAGCGAGGGGAAAAUAUGUCACUUCAACGGCUGCCAUGGGGCCUUUGAAGACACGACGACAGCAGGGAUCACCAAUCAUUUGCUGGAAAAUCACUUCAAGGACAAUCGUACGUCAUGGGAGACGUCAGACGAGAGAGUACACUGUUUGUGGAGGGACUGCCGGUGCCGCGGUACGCUCAAAAAGCGCAGUCUCGCAAGACACAUUGGCACAACUCACUUGAAGACGACGGAAGUACCGUGUGACGUGCCGGGGUGCGGCGCCGUAUUGAGUAGGGAGGAUGGUCGUAAGAGACACAUGAGGACCGUGCACGGUACGGCGGGCACGCCUCAAGAUUGAGCAACAGCGGCAAAUUCACGAGAGCAACAUGAUUCAUGGUCCCUCAAGUAUCUUAGAACCGUUUAAUGUCUUCUUGUAUCCAUUCAUCAUUGCGAUCGAUGGUCGUCCGCAUAGCCUCUCGCGAUCCCACUGCGGCCUUGCUCGAGAAUACUCGGCGCGUCUUUUCCAACCCUGGUCUCCAAGCCUCGGAACGUGCGAUUCUGGAGAAAUUGCCC